UACACCUGCCGGUCUAGUUGUGGUAGCAGCUCUGACGUCAUAUCCAGUGGCCGGAAAUCGCAGGUCGGAGGUUCCGCUGCAGAGGAGGAUGGCCGGGCUGCUGAAAAAGACGACUGGCCUUGUCGGUUUGGCAGUGUCCCAUACGCCACAUGAGCGUCUGAGGAUUCUCUACUCCAAGAUCCUGGCUUCGCUGCAGACUAUGCCACAGGAUGCCGCCUACAGGAAGUACACCGAGCAGCUGGUCAAUGAGAGGUUAACCCAUGUCGAAGAGGAACCUGACAUCGAAAAGCUUGAGAAGAAAAUCAGCUGUGGUCAGAUAGAAGAGGUCAUUUUCCAGGCAGAGUGUGAGCUCAAUCUCUCGAGGAAGAUGUCAGAGUGGAAACCCUGGGAACCACUGAUUGAGGAGCCUCCUCCCAACCAGUGGAAAUGGCCCGUCUGACUCCAUGUUGGAAAGAUACUCAUGUCGUAUUUUGUGUGUUUCGUGUUAUGACAAAAGGUGCAAAUAAAAGUUAUACAAAUAUU